AUGGCUGAUUCAACGCAGCAGGAACCUUUGUCCUUGGAGAAGGGCGAGGCGGUGAGCAAAGUGCUUUCUGCUGAUGUCUCGCCGUCACCACCCCAGCCUGACUUCCCCACGGACGCGCAUCUCGGACGAGGCGAGAUCGAAGUCAUCCGAAUACGCCAAGGCAAUGCUAUCCUGCGGAAACUGAAGGCCACUGAGGAGUGGAUGGAUCGAAAGCUGGGAGUAGAAAGCACCGGGGCGGAGCGCGUGCGUGAAGACCAAAGAAGACCGCCACACAUCCUCAAUAUGAUGCUGCUCUGGUUCUCCAUGCUCAUGAGCCCGGGUUUGAUCACCAUGGGCAUGCUGGGCCCGCUGCUCGGGCUCUCUGUCAACGAGUCCAUAGGUCUUAGUGAUGCGGCGACUGUCAUCGGCUCUGUUAUUCCUGGGUUCACGGCUACACUGUGCGCUCCACUAGGAUUACGACAAAUCGCUGUCUCACGCUAUGCGUUUGGCAUCUGGGGUGCCAAGAUCUGCGGCCUCCUCAAUAUCAUCGUCAAUAUUGGUUUCGGCACGGUCAACUGCAUUGUCGCCGGACAACUGCAGAGCGCCGUCAGUGGCGGCUCGUUGACCAUUGUCGUAGGCAUCGUGAUUGUGUGCAUCGGCUCAUUCCUCGUCUCGUUCUGUGGUUUCCGCUGGAUCCAGAAAUACGAGUCAGUCGCAUGGUUCCUGAUACUUGUCUUCUUAUGCGUACAGUUCGGCCAGGCGGCGCGAUACUUCUCGCCAACUCCGGCACUGUCGUCUGUCGCCGGUCUCGACCGCACCGGCGCGGCUUUGACAUAUUUCGCCAUUGUCUUUGGCGAGGCUUCCGCCUGGUGCUCUCUGGCUGGCGACUACUACUAUGUCCACUACCCGCCAUCUAUCAAUAAGUGGUUGGUAUUUGGCAUGACCUGGACGGGCUUGACGAUUCCAACGGUCUUUGUCCUCAUCCUUGGCAAUUACUAUGGCGGCAUCGUUGUGCCUGACAGCAAGCUCUCUGACGCUUAUAAUUAUGGCCGUGUCGGCGCUCUCAUCUUAGCCACCAUGUCGCCAUCCGGAUGGGCCAAAUUUGUGUGCGUCAUGUACUCUGGGAAACAACAUUGCGAUCAUUUACUCAACACGUUGCUCGCCGCCAUCAUGCUCGCAUUGGCUUGGGGCGGCCGGUCGUCGCUAGAGGCAAUUCUUGAGAACUUCCUUGCUUUGCUGGGCUACUGGACUAUCUGUUUCGGGACGAUCCUCGCCAUCGAAGCAUUUUGGUUCCGCCGUCGGCUGGGGGGCUACGACAUCGAGGGAUGGCAAGACCAGUCGCGCAUGCCAUGGGGCCUGGCGGGAUGCGGUAGUCUGGCGCUCGGAAUCGGAGUCAGCUUCUUGGGGAUGAACCAGACGUGGUACGUCGGGCCCGUUGCGAGACUGAUAGGAUCUGGAGGAGGAGACGUAGGCAAGUACUUUACGUUAGUCGCCGUGCUUAUUAGCUAUCCGAUCUUGGGAACGAUAGAGAUCGACAAGUUCAGCCGGUAA